GAACUUAUAACGCGAUGAUCUGGGGAUCAGGAUCAACACGAGUUCCUGGUUCUUCGGGUUGUCCUAAUGCGAAAUUUAUGGAUAUUGGUGUUGUUGGGAGAAAAACGGGAUUAAGAAUUCAUGAUUCUGUUCAAAGGGAUUCCUUUGGUAUGGAAGAUAUGGAUGCUUUUUUUUCGCCGAGUACACCGCCGUCUGUUGAUGAAACAGUUGCAUCUGGAUGGGAAGUUUCUCGCAAAAAUGAUCAAACUAUUUCAUUAGAACAAAGUAUGGAUGUAUCACAAGGUUUGCCUCAGAAUGCAUCAGAUAUAAUUGUUACACGAAAAUUGUCGAAUUCAUGGAUAGAACGUAAUCCUUUAGAAGCGUUGGCAGGCCGGCGAGUUUUGAAGGGAGAAUCUCCAUGGAUUGGUCGAUCUCCUACUAAAACAAAUCUAAAUUCUCCAGCUCUUCGAAUUCCUUCGACACAGAAACGAGAGCCUGUGUUAUCACCGACACGGCUAGAUUGGUCUGACGGGGUGGCUCGGAGGCUUGAUUUUUCAGCGACAGCUGCAAUUGAUGAUGAGUCUGAAGAACAGGAUAAGCCUGCUCCAUUGGUUGUUAAAAGCGUUAAACGUGGACAACUGAUGCAGCAGAAAAAGAAACAAAAAACGUUUAGUCUUAUGGAUAAUUUGGAAAAUAGUGAAUCUGAUCAGCAAGAUGAUGCUCAAGAUUUCAUUCAUAAUGAUGCACAGGACUGGGAGAAUUCUUUGAAAUAUGAGAUAGAAGAUAAAUCGACUGAAGAAUCGGAUAAUAAACUGAAUAGAAAAUAUAAGAAAGGUGUAUCUAUACGAAAAAAGAAAGUAGAUAAUGAUGUUUCUCUGAAAAAACGAAAGAUCUCACAGGUACCAUUGAAGUCUAAAAAGUUUUCUUCGAAUCAUUUUCCUAAAAAACGGUCAUUAUCCUCACGAUCUUCAACUGAGUCUCCUGAUGCUUCAUCUAAAAUGGUGAUGAAAACUAAACUAGAUAAAAAACAGCCUCGCUGUGUUCCUUCGGAAGAUUUACUUUCAUCUGCUCUUUCUCCACAUGUAAAUGGCACAAGACGGUCGUUACGAACAAAAGUUGCUCCUUUGGCUUAUUGGAGAAAUGAAAGAAUUGUAUAUGAGCUUGGAGAAAGAAGAAAAUCGGGUCCUGCAAUGCCAAAAAUUAAAGAGAUUAUUCGUGUUGAUCCUAUAAGUAUACCUAAUCGACAUAAAGGAACAAGUCGAACAAAAAAUACGAAUUUUAAAAAGAAACUGAUUAAAUCUGAAAUGCCUAGUGAUGAUGAAUGGGAAGAAAAAGUUGACGUUGAGUGUGAAGUGAUAAAUUGGCAUGAUAAAAAGCCUAUUGUUAAACGAAUUGCAUAUCCUGCAUCUUCAUAUGCACCAAAAGACGUUGCGAAUGCAAUUAUUAAGUUUCAAAAGACGUUUGAUGAGGCACCUUUUUUUGCAACAGGUGUUAUGGAUUUACCAAGAGGCGGUGAGAAAGCAACAAAGCCUUCAAAACAUAAUGUGAUGACAUUUGUCAUUCUUGAAGGCGCAGUAGAAGCUACCGUACAUCAAACAUCGUUUCGUCUUAAGAGAGGUUCUCAUUUCAUUGUACCAAGAGGAAAUUACUAUUCUAUACGAAAUAUUGCAAAUAAAGUAUCCAGACUAUUUUUUACGCAAGCUACUGAUACAUUGGAGAACGAGGAAUUACGUGCUUGA